AACUCUUUUCCUCUUUGUCCUCUCCCCCCCUCUCCCUCUCCCCCUCUCUCUCUCUCUCUCUCUUUCUGCUUAAUCAACCUCAUUCUACCUCACUUUUGUUCCUUAUCAAUCCUACAACAUUCUCUCUCUCUCUCUCUCUCUCUAUUUUUCUUCUUUUGAAAGUCUGAAACUCAACACAAACCCCAUUUCAAAUUCUCCCCCAGCUAUAUAAUAUAAUCAAUCUACAUACAAACAUACAUACUAUAUAUAUGAAGAUAUAUGAACCAUAGUAUAUCUUCUCUUUAAGCCAUGACAUAUGCAUAUAUAUAGCAUUUCCUUGCAUUCUGAACCCUAACUCUCUCUCUCUCUCUCUCUCUAAACCUGUCCCCCCUCUCCUUUGCUUCCUCAAACAAAACUUCCUCAAAACAAAAAGGAAACCCUAGUCCUCUUCUACUAAUUUGUGUCUGUCCGUGUGUGUUUGUAUUGGUUCGUCCGGCAUGUGGAUGAUGGGGUACAAUGAUGGAGGGGACCUCUACAUGGCCGACUCAUGCAAUGGCCGUAAGCUUCGACCCCUCAUCCCGAGGCCCAUCUCUGCAGCGGCCACUCCAAAUGGCGGCGGCGGCCCUGGGAUCACCUCUCCGCCGACGGGCUUUGGCCGCCCUCACCAUGGUGGUACCGAUGUUUUCUCACUGAACCCCAAUCAUAUAGGAAUGGCGUCGGAGCAGAGCAAGAGGGAGUUCAAUCCGCAGCAUCAGGUCGUGGUGAGCUCGCGCUGGAACCCGACACCGGAGCAGCUGCGGACCCUUGAGGAGCUGUACAGGCGGGGGACCCGGACACCCUCGGCUGACCAAAUCCAGCACAUCACUGCGCAGCUCCGGCGGUAUGGGAAGAUUGAGGGCAAGAACGUCUUCUACUGGUUCCAGAAUCACAAGGCAAGGGAGCGCCAGAAGCGACGCCGCCAGAUGGAAUCGGAUGACCACCAGAACAUAAAUGGCAGCGUACCCCACGAGAUUGAAACCCUCGGAAGGAAAGAAUCAGAAGCAGGAGGAGCAGAAGGGGCAAGCAAGACAGUGUUUGGAGUUGAUCAUCAUCACCACCAGACCAACAAGAAUACCACCAACAAUAGCAGCAACAACUGGGCAUCUCCUAUGAACUGCAGUACACUAGCAGAGGAAACUGCCCCCUCUACUGUACACAAGACAGUGAAAGCCGCGGGAGGAGUACUAGAGCACAAAUCGUCAUCAUUCGAGCAGCACCAUCAGUGGAUGAAAAUCGACGAUGCCGGAGAUCAUCCACCGCAGUGCAGGAGGAGCGUCAACGACAUGUGGCAGAUGAUGCAGCACCAUCAACAAUCUUUUCCUCCUCCUCCUGCCACCCACCUCAUUAACACUCCAAGAAUGGACCCAAAGCUUACUGAUAGUAAUAAGUCCCCUAGUAAUCACCAUCUGACAAGAUUCCUAAUAGCACCUCCUCCACCCCCACCACCAUUUUAUAGCAUUAGACCCUAUCAUGAGGAAAUUUUUAUAAACUCCCACCUCCAUAAUGUCAGCGAUGAGGACGAAGGCGAUCAGGAAGAUGACGGCGAGUAUGAGAACUCCCAGACGCUCCAACUUUUCCCGCUUCGGAGCGGAGACAGCUAUGCCAAUGAGAAGGAGACGGAGAUGUCGGUCUCGGCCAUUAAUAGCUUUGUCGCCCACCCUCACCAAUUCUUCGAGUUCCUUCCUUUGAAAAAUUAGCAAGUUAGCUAUAUAGCCCAUAAUGAAUCGGUCAUCUUCGCUAGCUAUAUGUGUAUCACUGAUUUAGUGCUGGCUGGCUAUAUAUAUUAAUUGUAGUUUUGUCAUCAAGAUAUGCCAUUUUUAUGUAAUGCUUAGAAUGCUGGGAAAUGAGAGGGACUGUCUUGUUUUCAUGUGGGUAUCUUCUCUGUAAUCUUUUUCCCACCCUAUUCAUGAAAAAAGUGGGAGUUAAUGUGAAAGCAAAGGCUUUUGCCAUUA